UCAGGUGCCCCUCGGGCCCCUCCACUGAAGGGGGCCCCGCUGUUGUGUCAGUGGCCAGCACAUUUGCCCGCCGCGUUGCGUUCCGCUUCGGCGCUGCUGCAUAGCGUUGUGCUGUGCUGUGCGGUGCGGUGCGGUGCUCAAUGCGCAGUGCAGCGUGUGCCCGCCAUCCCUCCCCUCCCUGCCCGUUCCGGCGCCAGCGCCAGUGCCAGCGCCCUGUGCCCUGUGCCCAGUGCGCUGAGGAGCUCGCGUCUGCUUCGCUGGCACGAGUGCCCAGACAGGGCCACUUUUGAGACCAAGACCCAGUACGUACCCAAGUCCGUAGUUGCGCCCCCCCGGAAUACCAGCCCCAGUGACUCCCUCAGCCACCCCUCCCUCCCUCUUUCGCUCUCCCUCCCUCGCUCCUUCCUCCCUCGUUCCCUUCUCUCUUCUGCGGUUUCCCCUCCUCCCCCUCCCCACCCGAAAAAGUGCCCCCCCAAAGUCCCGGGUCAUUCCCCCCCUCCGGAUUUCCCUCCCCUCCCGCCCCUCUACUCUUCUACGUCUCCUCCUCGCCUUUAUUUCCCUCCAUCCCUCCCCCCAUCCAUCCGUCAACCCAACUUCGCGACCAUCCCACCCCUCACCACUUACCCAACACCCAAUAGCCCACCCACCCACCGGUACACUCUGUCGUUGAGGCCUUGCACCAAGAGCCUCUGUCCUCAUCACAACCCUUCCAGCCAACUUUCCAUGACCAGCAAACAACUAUCUCCAAUGACCAUAAACACGAUCAAGUCCACCGCAGACACCCUUUAAAUCCCACGGGACGCGCGCGAGCGAGGAGCUAGGAGUCGAGAGCGAGAGCGAGAGAGAUUGCAAGAGCCUUCGAGCCACACGAUAUUCAACCAUCGUG